AUGGUGACCGUGUCAACAACCCCCGCGCCGUGUCUGCGCCCGGCCAUGGCCCUGGCCCCUUCGCUUGGGGCACCUAGUCUACCUUCACCUGAGACUCCAAAUUACCAAAUACAGAUUGGUAGUCUGAAACGCAUCCUUCCGAAGAAACGAAAGACUCUGGCCUAUCGGUUUUCUGUUGGAGGUCGUUUGUCCACAUGGCCUGCAUAUGCAUCUGGGCAGGCUAUCCUACAGAGUCGGAAACCCUGUUGUAGUCCAGAGGGGAGAAGCAAGAAACAGGCUUCUCUUACCAUUGCAAAACCACGAUACCUGGAAGAGCUGGAAUGCUACCUAAGGAAAGAGCUGCAGUCUCUGGACCUGACUAAAGAGAACGCUCAGGAACUUAAGCUCCAGCCUUAUAGAGAGAUCUUUGAGUUCUUCAUAGAGGACUUCAAAACCUACAAGCCCCUGCUGUCUGCCAUAAAGAAUGAGUAUGAAGUUACAUUGGCUCACCUGAGGGAGAAGAUCCGCUCCCUAGAGCCCUUGAAGGCAAUGCUGGUGUCUGUGUCCGAUGAGUGCACCCGGCAGAUUGUGGCACUCCAGGAGGAGGAGAAAGCUGAAAUAACGAGGCUGAAGAAAGAGAAACUGUAUUUGUUAAAGCUUAUUGACAAGAUGAAGGAGGAGAAGGGCUCCCUGCAGACUCAGGUGAACAAGCUGCGGAAGAAUGUGGCCAAGGAAUACAUGCGAUACAUUAACGAGUGUGACGCACGCAAGCUGCUGCUAGCAGACCUGAAUGAAAUGCGCAACCAGCAGUUGGAAAUGUCGCUUCGCCAAGUCCAAGAGGUCAAGGGUGAAGACUUGGUCAAGGUAACGCUGGCAUUGAAGAUAGCUCGGCAGGACCUCACAAAAGCCCAGGUGGAGCUGAACACGAUGAAAGCAGAUUACGGCGACGUCGUACCCAGGAGAGACUUCGAAUCGCAGGAGAAAAAAUAUUCUGAUCUGUUUGAGAAGAUGCAAGUUCUGCAGAAGGAUUUUGAUGACCUUCAAAAGGAGUACGACACUCUGCUGGAAAUCCACCAAGAGACCGUGGAAGAGCGAGACCGGUUCUACAACGAACUCCAGCAAGUUCAGCGCAGCUCAACCCCCCGGCCUGACUGGGCAAAAUGUGCAGAGAUGAUUUCUGGUGGGCCUGAGCGGUGGAGCUAUCUGGAAGAGGGGAAGACCAGUGACCAGCUGGUGGAUGUCCUUCUGGAGGAAAUAGGAACAGGAGUGCUGAAGGAGAAGGACUCCUUCCCCGGGCUGGGCAAAGGGGACAAGAUCCCUGUGUACCUGAGGUACGAAGGCCAGGUGAAGAACAAGAAGCUGAACAAAAAGGAUGUGGUGAACAUCCUGAAGGAGAUCUGGAAAGAGAAAGUUUCAGCAGAUCUGCAGAAAGGGAAGCAAUCCAGCCUUCCAGAGUUCUUCCUUAGCUACCUCCAGAAGAGGUAUGGAGACUCCUCUGCCUUCGAAUGGGCGUACACCAUCUAUGAAAACAUCAAGCUGUACCGAUCAAAUGAAGCCAUGAGCUUGUUCUAUGACAUACUGAGUGGGAAGGUGGAUGAAGGACUAUACCAUGGCCAGAACCAGCUCAUCGCCAACCUGCUGAAGGAGCUGAUGGCCAGCGACAGCUCAAACAGCGGAACGCUCACGACGGAACAGUUCAACCUGGCACUGAGGGCGGCUUUUCCCUUGAAAAGUAGUGAUCAGAUCCAAGAACUAAUUGAUGCGAGCAGGUACAAGACAGAAAGCACAGAGGACCUCAUUGACUACAGAUCCUUAUUCAUGGAGGACGAGGAGGGCAACGCUGAGCCCUUCAUUGCGAAGAUCAGGAGCCAAUAUGCUAGCGAGAAGCAGGAGUAUCUGAGAGAACUGAGGAACGAGCUAGGCCACGCGCCGGAGGUGAAAGUGGAUGAGCUGAAGACAGCCUUCUGUGCCAUUGAUCCUGCUAUUGAUGACCUCACGCUGGACGCCUACGUUUGCCUGGCAUUCCAGGCCUCAAAAGAACAGUGGGAUCAGACUGGCUCUCUGCCUGUGGACACAGUGGUUGAGAGGCUGCUGGCUGGAGACACAAAACGAAUAGGCGCCCUUCCUGAAGAGAUCUACACAAGCCGCUCCCUCUCAGAACGGGGAGAGGCAGGGGCCUACGCUUAGUUAAAUGGCUCCUCUCACCCCUCAUGUAGUCAGCAAAAUACUUGUAUCUAGCUUUACAAAAGGCUACUCAUAAGGGGACUGCACUGAGUUUUUACAGGCUGACUGAUCCUUAACACCAGAGAGGUUAGUUGGUUUGUAUCAGCAGCAAUGCAGCCAGUUCAAGCAGACAAGAGUUCCUGCAGCUCAGUGCCCCAUGUAAAGCGUUUAAUUUCAGCGCUCUCCGGGAGCAGGGGACACAGUCCCAGCAGAGGCAGCUCAUCCCGCCAAAGCAAGCUGGAGGCCGGGGACUGCUGGGCUCUGGGGAUGUCAAUGUCAGUUUUCACAAACACGCCACUACUCGCUUCGGCACAGCUGCCGAGACCUGCAAGCCCUCCUUAAAGGCCAUGGUGGGGUGCAGGUACUCAACCGGCUGGAAAACUAAAGAGCAAGAUUGCUAAAGAAGGGCUUGGCUACAUGGGGAGGUGAUGCUGCUAUAAGGGAGGGUGUGAAUUUAAAUGCUCCAGUAAUACUGCUGUAACUCGGUAGGGACACUUAUUCCAGUGGGAGAGUGCCUUUUUCAAUUAGGUUCUGGCAAUUUGGAAGUGGUUUAAGCUAAACCCAAAAAAGUCCCUCUCGUCCCAAAUUAAGUGUCCCCCGGGGACUUACACCAGUCUAACUCUCACUGGAGAAGUGGCCCUGUGGACAAGCCCAAAGACUCCUGUCCCAGGGGUAAGGGCCACGGUGGUAUUGGUAACUUUGCACAGCCAUUCACUAAUCCUUACCAGUGUUUGCCCACUCAGGGCUGUUCCUCUCAGAAUUCCCUUAGCCUUCUGCUGCGAUGGGCCCAGUGUCAGGGAUGAGGGUCAGGAAGCAGCUCUAAGUUGCUAGGUGAUGGCUGCCUAAACAAGCUCAGAGUCCCCCUGCCAGAAUGUAAACAUCUGGCCUGCUCCCUUCCCCAGAUUGGAUGGGAGGGAUGGGGAAAGCUGAAAGGGCAGGAGAGCUCUAGCUGAGGUAACAAACACCACUUGGGUGCAAGCAUGAAGCAGAAUGUCAGCAAGAACAGCCCCAAAACAUCUGGGGUGCAGAGGCCCCAUAGCCCAGCUGGACUAGGGUAGUGGGUCUGCUGUAUGCGUCUGCCAAGCUCUUACACCUGGAAUACUGCAUUGUGUCUGUGCACCUCCACACCAGGAAAAGUCUACACCGAGCAGGGAAAGCAACAAGACAGCAUAGUGUAGCUCGAAACCAAACUACUGAAGUGGGUGCACAGACGUCUGGAAACCCCCUGACAGGAGAAUAAUGGGGAGUGCGGUGUGAGCGGGUGGAAUUCAGUGACUAUCCAGGAGCAUUUCACUGAAUUGUAAUCAGUCUCUACCAGCUGUGGUGUGAGCGCCUAGUACUGGCCUAGGGAAGACAUGGGGGCACACCUGGUCCAGAGCAGUCCGACAUUAACACCCCAUGCAGUGCAAUGGACGAGAUCUGUUCAUAUUCAUUUGUAAUGUUAAUAAUUAGGUUUAAAAUAGCUUCUGGAUAUUUCGAAUGCAGAUUUCCUCUCUCCUCUUCUCUCCAAUUACCAUCGGAUAACUUUAAAGGUCAUUCUGUGCCUAAAAUCUGGAGUUUAUUUAACC